AUGAAUAAUGUCAACAGCAACUCGACAUUACGUCGCAAUUCGCUCGUUAGCGACCAUGACGAUCUAAUGUUAUUACGAGACAAACUCACGCGGAUCGCUGUCGGACGAAAAGCUAUAGAAGGCGAGAGAGAAGAGAGACGACGCACGAAAUCACGUUUGGAACAUUUUAAAGUGUUUUCAUUAUUGCCAUCAGAACGUCCAAAUACGCCGCCAUCGUCUCCACAGCCUCGAGACGUGUUGAGAACCCAGUUAAAGCUCAAGCAACAGGUGGUGCCAAGCCGAAGACAGAGAAGAGAGAAUGGGACACAAUUACUGGGACAUAAUGACAACGACCUUGAAACAAUAUGGAGUAUGGACGAGGUACAGAUUAUGCCCAUGGAGGACGUUGAAGAGGACACUACAAUUUCUUCGCCACGACACUUGAGCAAGAAAAGUCCAGAAGUGAAAGUGUCCAUACCAGGACAAUUACGAGCUUCAUCGUCUUUUCAUGUCCUUACUAAACAUCCAGAAGGAUGGAGGAAACGCAAAUGUGUUGAUGUAGAUGUUACAGAAGAUGGACAAGAGGAAUUACGGGGAAGUUUGAAAAAAACAUCAAGUCAAGUUAAUAUUUUGGCAGCGUCAAAGGGUAAGUAUUCACGAAGUACCAGUGCUGGUGGAAGUCUGUUUAAGACAUUUGCAGCUAGACAGAGACUUGAACAAGAUCAGGAGAUGGAAGACGUGGGGUGUUCGACGAAGCCGCAGUCACCAGAGAACGCACUCUUUGGAAACAAGCACGGUCAACUUUCAGCGUGUUCUUGA